AGCAGAGUCAUCAUGGCCCCGCUGGGACUCAAAGCCAUCGUUGGAGAAAAAAUCAUGAAUGAUGUCAUCAAGAAGGCGAGAGAAAAAGGAAAAUGGAAGGUGCUAGUGGUGGACAAGCUGAGUAUGAGGAUGGUCUCGUCCUGCUGUAAGAUGACCGACAUCAUGUCAGAGGGAAUCACCAUUGUAGAAGACAUCACCAAGCGGCGCGAGCCUCUGCCCAGUAUGGAAGCCAUCUACCUGAUCACCCCUUCAGAUGAGUCUGUCGAAGGUCUGAUCGAUGACUUCAGAGACCCACAAAAUCCGAGGUACCGAGCGGCUCACGUCUUCUUCACAGACACGAUCCCUGACAUGUUGUUUGGACUGCUGACCAAAUCCCGCGCCUCCAAAGCCAUGAAGGCCUUGACUGAGAUCCACAUCGCCUUUCUGCCCUAUGAAUCUCAGGUCUUCUCCCUGGAUAAAGAACUGGCCUUUCAGGACUUCUACAGCCCGUUUAAGGCUGACGUGAAGAACAACAUGCUGGAGCGUUGUGCUGAACAGAUCGCCACCCUUUGUGCCACUCUCAAAGAGUAUCCUGGAGUCAGAUACAGAGUGGAGUACAAAGACUGUGCAGUUCUGGCCCAGAUGUUGCAGGAGAAGCUGGAUGGAUACAAAGCAGACGACCCCACCAUGGGAGAGGGUCCUGAUAAGUCUCGUACUCAGCUGCUCAUUCUGGACCGAGGCUUUGACUGCGUCACGCCGAUCCUUCACGAGCUCACGCUGCAGGCCAUGGCGUACGACCUGCUGGGCAUCGAGAACGACGUCUACAGAUUUGAGACCAGCGGGAUGGGAGAGGUGAGGAUGAAGGAGGUGGUGCUGGACGAGGAUGACGACCUGUGGCUGACUCUGAGGCACAAACACAUCGCUGAGGUGUCAACGGCCGUGACUCGUUCCCUCAAAGAGUUUUCUGCAAGUAAAAAGAUGAACACAGGAGAAAAGACCACCAUGAAGGAGCUGUCUCAGAUGCUGAAGAAGAUGCCUCAGUACCAGAAAGAACUCAGCAAGUAUUCCACCCACCUCCACCUGGCUGAGGACUGCAUGAACCGCUACCAGGGCACUGUGGACAAACUGUGUCGUGUAGAGCAGGAUCUGGCGAUGGGAAUGGAUGCAGAAGGAGAGAAGAUCAAAGAUCCCAUGAGGCUCAUCGUUCCCAGUCUGCUGGACGCCAAUGUCAGCGUGUUCGACAAGAUCCGCAUCAUCCUGCUUUACAUUUUCCUGAAGAACGGUGUGACUGAAGAGAACCUGUGUAAGCUCCUUCAGCAUGCAAACGUCCCGCCAGAGGACAGUGACAUCAUCUCCAACAUGGCCCACAUGGGCGUCCCCAUUGUCUCUGAGGGCACCACCAAGAAAGCCAAGAAGCCUGAUCGAAAGGAGCGGAUCAGUGAGCAGACCUACCAGCUGUCCCGGUGGACUCCUCUCAUCAAGGACCUCAUCGAGGACGCCAUCGAGGACAAGCUUGAUCCCAAACAGUACCCAUACAUUUCCCAGCGACAAGUUUCUGCAAAAGCCAGUGCUCCAUCAAGUGCUCGUUAUGGGAACUGGCACAAGAACCGGGGUCCCACAGAGAUCAAGACAGGGCCACGGAUCAUCGUCUUCAUCAUUGGAGGGAUGACAUACAGCGAAAUGCGCUGCGUGUACGAGGUCACACAAGCCAAUGGGAAAUGGGAGGCCCUGAUUGGCUCCACCCACAUCCUCACGCCCACUAAGUACCUGAAGGAACUCCAGCACUCAGACUUCCUGGACCCUAAUGCUCCCCCAGAGGGCACAGAGGAGCCGCCUGCAGAAUGAAAACACAUCUGGAGGAUCAGUGAACGUCUUCAGCCCCUCUCGCCUUCUAACAGCCCUCACAACCUCAGAGAAAGAAGAGCAGACGUACCCCCACCUUACCCCCCACCCUAACCUCCCUACCUCCCACAGCAUUAAAUAUACACUUUAUGUUUUCUAUGCUUCAGUUGUUUUGAACUUAUCGACCAGGUUUUAAAUCACAUCAUCGUGACGUUCAUCAGCGACCACUGGAAGAGACUGAAUUUGUGUUGACUAUUGUUUACUGUAUGUUGUGAGAUGUUUAUUAUUCGGGAGGAUUAAUGUGUGUGAAUUAGUGUAGAUGUCUGGAUGAAAUUCAGAGAAUAGUGGGGAUAAAUAAAGCUGGUUUAUGGGAUAAUUAUUCCACUGUGUUACAGUAACAACACAUGACAAAAUGAUCUCUCUUCUUUUGUUUUACUGCAGCAUGCUAGUUCUGAUGUAGUGCUGUCCAUGCCAUACUGUACAAAUCAUCUGAUUCACAGUGACGUGUCUGACCCUGGACAUGAAUGCCAACAUGAAGCCACUCUGACAGUGUGUUUAUAGCAUUAGAUCACACAUUUGAACUGUUAAGUGUAGUUGGCUUGUCUCUCGUGCAUCGUCUCGUUUGUUCGACAGUGUUCCUCCCUCCUGUAGAGACUCAGUUUACCCUCUUCAACCACGUUGUUGGCGUUUUUAUGUUGCGUUGUGACUCUGUAUUACUAGUUGUCUAACUGAAUAAAGUCUGUGCUUUUAUGUCCACAUGAACA